AAAAAAAAAAAAAAAAAAAAACUCACCGGGUCCAUCCAUGUACUGUGUAGCGGCAGCUAUUGAAUGUCUGUGAAGUGUGUUUUUACCUUAUGUUCUACGACUGUUCGCUGUCUUUUAGCAUAGUUUAACAUUUUAAUGAGAACAUUAAAGUUUAGUUGUGUUUUGCUUUAAGCUCGCUUUAUAAGUAAGCAUGGACUGCAGAGUUCUGUCAGUUCAGAGUCAUGUUGUGAGAGGAUAUGUGGGAAACAAAUCUGCUUCUUUUCCAUUACAGGUGCUGGGCUUUGAAGUCGAUACUAUCAAUUCUGUGCAGUUCUCCAAUCAUACAGGAUAUGAGCACUGGAAGGGCCAAGUGUUGACUGCAGAUGAAUUGCACGUCCUGUACGAGGGGAUCAAGCUUAACAACGUGAACCAAUAUGACUAUGUGCUCACAGGGUACGCUAGAGAUGAUUCAUUUUUGGCAACGGUGGUGGACAUUGUACAUGAGCUGAAGAGGGCAAACCCAGGCCUAGUGUAUGUGUGUGAUCCGGUUUUGGGAGAUAAUGGCGCUAUGUAUGUGCCUGAGAACUUGCUGCCCAUCUACAGAGACAAAGUCGUCCCGGCUGCAGAUAUAAUCACUCCUAAUCAGUUUGAAGCUGAGCUCCUCACUGGUAGAAACAUAUGUUCAGAAAAAGAUGCAGUUGAUGUGAUGAAUCUGCUGCAUUCGAUGGGUCCUAGCACAGUGGUUAUUACCAGCUCUGACCUGCCCUCUCUUAUGGGGGAUCAGUUUCUGGUCGCUCUGGGGAGCCAGAAGAGAGCUAGAGCAGAUGGUACAAUUUUGACUCAACAGAUUCGUAUGGACAUCCCCAAGGUGGAUGCUGUGUUUGUCGGAACAGGGGACCUGUUUGCUGCCAUGCUGCUUGCGUGGACACAUCUCCAUCCAAAUGAUCUGAAGACGGCCUGUGAAAAGACUGCUUCAGUCUUACACCAUGUCAUUAAGAGGACUAUUACUUAUGCAAAAGAGGUGGUUGGUCCGAAUCGAAAGCCCAGUCCUGCACAGCUUGAACUGCGGAUGGUCCAGAGUAAAGCAGACAUUGAGGAUCCUGCCGUAGUUUUGAACGCUGUUGUUCUGUAGGGCUUUAAUCUUAGACUCUGUACUAGACAAUAUGAAUGUCAUGCAUUUAACAGCAAGAGUUUACAAUCACAAUACUUUGGAUGUUGGACGGUUCAUAUUUUAUGCUGUAGUGUUAUAAAUUAUUUUAGAACAACACUAAUGUUCUUAGAAUUUAAACUGUGACUUAUGGUACUCUAUAGUGCAUUAAUGGAGGCACUACAUCCAAAAACUAACAUGGUACCUUAUGUUAUUCACAUUCCAGCCAUGAUGUGCAUGUGACUAUCCAGCCACUGUUAGUAUUUUACUAUGAAUUAUGCAUAUGUCUAUCUGGAUAAAGGAUUUAAGAUGAUUUAUUAACAUUAACAUAUCAGUGUUAUUUAACAUUUGAUUUGAUUCUGUCUGUUAUAUGUAACGUACUAUUUGAUCCGUUAGUCUUAUAUCAUCAGAACAACUGUACAAGCCCAGUCAGGUUUGAGAAAAAUGUCUAUUAAAUAAUAAAAAUCAAUUUUCUCUACUAAGAAUGUGCCUUGAAAAUGCUGCUGUAGUACUUUCAUACUAAAACAAUCUUCAUUUUUGUAAUGAUAAACAAUGGCAACUGGCAUAUUUUGACUAUUAAUUGUAAUAAAAUUCAUUUUUAUUCA